AAAGAAUAUUAAAAUUAUUUAGAAAUAUUCUCGAAAAUAUGAAGAGAAAGGUUAGGGAAUAUGAUGAGAAUGAAUUUUCGAAAGCAGAUUUGAAAAUCAUCUUAUUAGGAGAUAGUGCAGUAGGAAAAUCAAAAUUAGUUGAAAGAUUUCUAUUAGAUGAUUAUGAAGAAAGAUAAUAAUCUACAUAUGCAUUAACAAUGUAUAGACAUAAUGCAAAAUUUGAAGGGAAAACCUAUAAGAUUGGUAUAGAUAUAAAAAUAAAUAAAAUUAGAUUUAUGGGAUACGGCUGGAUAAGAAUGCUUUUAAACAUUGCAUGCAUCGUAUUAUUAUGGUGCUCAUGCUUGUAUUUUAGUAAAUUGAAUAAUAAAGUAGUGUUUUGAUGUCACAAGAAAAAUAACAUAUACAAACUUAAAGAAAUGGUAUGAAGAAAUGAGAUAGAAUUGUCCAACAAUACCUUGUUUAUUGGUUGCGAAUAAAAUAGAUUGUAUUUAAAUUGAUGAAAGAUUUUAGUGGAUCCUAGUGUAACUGAAACUAAAUUUAAGUUUGCAGAGAGUAACAAUCUUCCUAUUUAUUAUACAUCUUCAGCAGAUGGAACAAAUGUAGUUAAGGUAUUUUAGGAGGCUUUGAAAGCAGCUAUUGAACAUAAAUAAAAGCCUGGUGGAUAAUUUAUGGAUGAUUUAAUGGAUUAUUUUUAAGGUUGAAAAGGAC